UUUCCUUUCCAAGAGCAACAAAUGAGAAAUAAAUUUAAGUCAUGCAUUAGUACGUGUAAGCAGAUCCGCAUGACAAAGAAAACUGCUUCAGGUAUUGAAAGGUUUGUUGAAGAACGGGGAUAUGGUAAAUGGUUUGACCUUCUUUAUGUACUUGUUAAAACUAGAGAUUCAUGUCAACGAGAAAAUGCAUGUGAACCCUCUGUACAUAUUGGAAACGUAGACAAGCAAGAUACCAGCAAGAAUGAUCAAGAAGUUGAUGGUGAUGAUGAUGACUGUGCAAGCACUUCAUCCAGCCUUAUGGAUAGCAGUGGAGAAGUCCCAUCCAAGGGUAAACGUUUCUUAGCAAAGAAACCUGCCUAUAAAAGAGCUAAAACUAAGCAGAUGGCAAAAGCUGUUGAACUACUUCAAAGUACUAUUGAGAAUGAUCACCAAAGAACUUUUGCAAAUUUUAAGGGAAGAUAUGAAACAGUCUAGAGAACAGGAAAUGAGGUUCUUCCAGUUGAUGU